GCUCUGAAGCUCUUGAAGGAAGGCAAUGCACGCUUCGUCGCGGGCCGACCGGUGUCCAUCAGGACCAAUGCCGAAAUGCGGGCGCUGCUGGUUGAGGAGGGCCAGGCUCCCCACACCGCAAUCAUCGGCUGCGCCGACAGCCGCGCUCCCUUGGAGAAGAUUUUUGAUGCCAUGCCCGGGGACAUCUUCGUCCUCCGAAAUGCCGGGAACACCUGCACCCAUGCCGAAGGCAGCUUCGUCGGAAGCCUCGAGUUCGCCACGGGAGCACUUGGCUCCAAACUCAUUCUCGUCUUGGGACACACCAAGUGCGGUGCCAUCUACGGUGCCACGAAGGGCUACUUCGACGCUAAGCUGGGCCCUGGCAAAUCCUCGGGCUCCGCUCUGGAAGGUCUGCUGCACGAUCUUGGCUCCGUGGCUGAGAUGGCUGCUGGCGAGUUGGGGCCAUCGGCCGAGUACGACAAGGUGGCAGCCCAUGCCGUGAAGGUGAACGUCUUCCACACCAUCAACUUCCUGCUGAAGUACAGCAAGAGCCUCCGCCAGCAGGUUCAGAGUGGCAAGUUGGAGAUCCAUGGCGGUAUCUAUCAGCUGGAGACAGGCAAGGUCGAGUUCCUUGGACCCUCGCCGGAUCAAAAGGCCUUGGUCGCAGGAAGCGUUGCUUCCGUGCCGCCUUCGCUGUUCGCUCCCAAGGAGGCCGUGCCGGCCACGGUUCGCACGGCUGCAGAUGCAGCGGUGGCCCCGCAGAAGGCGCUGGAAUACCUCAAGAGCGGCAACAGGCGCUACGUGGCAGGCACACCGACGGCGCCGACCGCUACGCAGGACAUGCGGAAGGCCUUGGUGGACAAGGGCCAAGCUCCACAUGCCGCCAUCAUUGGCUGUGCUGACUCGCGAGCCCCCGUGGAGACGCUCUUUGACGCGGCCCCCGGAGACCUGUUUGUGUUGCGAAAUGCCGGCAACACAUGCACACAUGCCGAAGGAAGCUUCCUGGGCAGCCUGGAGUUCUGCGUUGGCAAGCUUGGCAGCCGCCUCAUCGUCGUGAUGGGCCAUACCAACUGCGGAGCAUUGGCCGGGGCUGCCGGCACGUACUUGUCCAUCAAGGAGGCUGCUGAGACCAAGACGCCUGGCUGCGCUCUCGAGGGUCUUCUUCAGGGGCUGACUUCCGUGGCAGCCCAGACAGCCCAGGAGCUGGGUGGUGCACCGAGCGCCGGCGAUAUCGCAAGUGCAGCGGUGAAGGUGAACGUGUUCAACACCAUCAACUUCCUUUUGAAGUUCAGUGAGCCCAUUCGAGCGUUGGCCAAGAGCGGAGAGUUGGAAAUCCACGGGGCGGUCUACAAGUUGGAGACCGGCGAAGUUGACUUCUUCGGGCCUUCGCCAAAGCAGGCAGAGCUCUUGGCUUCCAAGUUGCAACUCCCGCCCUCCAUGAGCAACUCCGCCGACUCUUUGGCGCUCAUUGGCGCGCAUGGCGUUCGCACUCCAGAGGACCCGCCGAUGCCGGCACAGGCGGCGCUGAAGCUUUUGAAGGAAGGCAACGAGCGCUUUGCCGUGGGUGCCCCCAUCGCUGGCAAGAUCGAUGCGAAGAUGCGGAAAGCCUUGGCGACAGUGGGCCAGGCGCCACACUCAGCCAUCCUGGGAUGCGCAGACUCUCGGGUGCCGCUUGAGUUGGUUUUCGAUGGUCUUCCUGGAGACCUGUUCGUGCUCCGCAACGCGGGCAACACGUGCGUUCACUCCGAGGGCAGCGUGAUGGGCUCACUGGAGUUUUGCACUGGUGCUCUUGGUACCAAGCUCAUUCUCGUGCUGGGGCACACCAAGUGCGGUGCGAUUAACGGCGCAACGAAGGACUACAUGGCCAACAAGGGCAAGUCCAGGGACGAGGCCCCGAACGCCCUCGGUGCACUCCUCCAGGGAUUGAACGCUGUGGCCCAAAAGGCGGAGCAGGAGUUGGGCGGCUCCCCGAAAGAGGAGGAGAUCGCAGUGCAUGCUGUGAAGGUAAACGUCUUCAACUCCAUCGACUACCUCGUGAAAAACAGCCCGGCUCUGAGGAGCAAGGUUGAGUCCGGCGAGGUCGAAAUCGAAGGAGGCAUCUAUGAUCUGGACAGCGGCCGCGUGCGAUGGCUGGGAAAGAGCCCCAAUGCUAGGGCAAAGGCGUAG